AGGAUGGCAGAUAAUUCGCUAUUUUUGGUGAUGAUAAAUGGGCAGGUUGAGAGUGCCAAUUUCCCACUUUACGAUGAUCUGUAUUGUAGAGUCAGUGUGGUUUAUGGCGCUGACUGGCUGCUAGUAUCAGGGUUAGAGGAAGGAACCUCACAGAUUACUAAGAAAACAAAAGAUGAGAAACAGAAAUUUGUGUGGAACUUUCCCAUCGAGGUGACUCUGAAGAGUACUAACCCGUACGGAUGGCCGAGACUGGUGAUAGCCGUGUACGGCCUGGACGCCUUUGGGAGGGAUGUAGUUCGCGGAUACGGGAGCAUUCUCUUUCCUCUUAUUCCUGGAUCUCAUAAAAUACAGAUGCCUAUGUUUGUGCCUGAAUCCACCUCGCUACUCCAGAAGUUCACUAGCUGGUUGCUAGGCACAAGACCUGAGUUUGUAGACCCCAAGUUUGUAACUCAGAGCGACGGCAGAGAAGUAACACGUGUGAGAAGUCAGGGUUCUGUUUCUGUUACUUGCAAUAUCAUGACUAAAGACAUUAGUUCGGCAGGGUAUGUUGUCGACUCAAUACACAGUCACAAACCUUGAAAUUAGUGUAAAAUUCUUAUGUUUCAUAUUUGUACAUUAUUGUUGACAUGCUGGGAAGUUAUGACAGUUUGGAGAGGUGCGAUAUUUUGCAUCAUAAAGAUAAGAAAUAGCUAUUGACAUAAUCUCUUGCUUCAUAUUUAUUUUUUGUCCGAAAUAACACUAUAAAUUAUAUAAAUAACACAGUAGUUUGAAAAUAAUAACAACUCUGCGUCUUCCAGUAGGAUUUGAAGCUCUUGGCGACAAUUGACAAUUUUAUGUAGAAAAAACGUUUUUCAACAGCUUGUGUAACAAAGUAUUGGCGCGCGCGCGUAACUUUAAAUGGCGCGCGCGAAAUUAUGGUCAGCUGGACAUUG